CGACGGAGAAGCGGCGAGUUAGAGAAGGCGAACGAGCAGAUACAAGCCAGCCUUGCAGUUUCCAAGAGCUAGUGUAACGGACCAACAAGGAAGAGAUACACACGUAGCCAAGCAUGUCUAGCCGCCGACCCAACCGUCCCAAGACGCAGCGGGGCAAGCGUGCUCUCAAGGCCCGGGAGGCUAAGAUUGUGGAGGACUCCAAGAAGGCCCUGCUGCUGAAGGGGCCCAAGUGCUCGGCCGGUGUGACGCAGCUGCUCCGGGAGCUGCAUGCCAUGCGCCGGCCGCUCUCUGUCCUCUUCAACCGCAACAACUCGGUCCGUCCGUUUGAGGAUGAGGAGUCGAUCACGUACCUGACGGGCAAGAACGAGGCCGCCCUCUUUGCCCUCGGCACCUCGACCAAGCACAAGAAGAACCGGCUGAUCAUGGGUCGGACGUUUGAGAACCAGGUGCUGGACAUGAUCGAGUUUGAGGUCGUCAACUUUACCUCCAUGUCCGAGUUCAAGGGCAAGGCCAAGUCAUCCGUCGGCUCCAAGCCGCUCGUCCUCUUCCAGGGCGAGCGCUUUGAGACUGAUGACGUAUUUGUCGCCACAAAGUCGCUGCUCAUGGAGUUCUUCCUCGGCAACACAGAGCUGACAGAGCUUGAUCUUGCCGGCGUCGAGCAUGUGGUCAUCGUCUCGGCCAUGCCGGGCGACUUUAUCCACAUCGGCCACUACGCCAUCGAGCUCAAGAAGUCCGGCUCUCGCCUGCCGCGCGUCGAGCUUGUGGAGAUCGGGCCCGAGUUUGACCUGGUCAUGCACAGGACACACUUUGCUGAUGCCGCCCUCAUGAAGGACGCCAUGUUUGUGCCCAAGGACCUCCGCCCCAAGAAGGUCAAGAACGUCUCCCGCGAUGCCUUUGGCUCGGUCGUCGGCAACAUCCACAUGUCGCGCCAGGACCUCACCGAGGUCAACACCCGCAAGGUCAAGGGUCUCCGCCGCUCGCGCGACAAGGCCCUCGCCGCACAGGCUAUUGCCGAGGCUGCCGCCGAGGUCGAGCUCGAGGACGGCGGCGACGCCGGCCCUGCCCGCAAGCGCUCCCGCCGCUCCUAGCCGGUUCAUGGUAC